UGUUUCCUUGCGAUAUAUUUUGCGAUAUAGUGUACGCGUGCGUGAAGCAUAUCAGCAAACGACUAAAACCAGCCUACUUUUGGACUAUGGCCGUGACUUAUCUAAUCUCAACUUGGAUCUAAUUAUUUUCUCAAAUUGAUCUGUACUGAGCUGAAUUACGCCUAUGUUCCAUUAGACCACAGAAGGAGUAAGAUUAAAAUGGGGGAGGAACUACGAUUCGACGGUCGCGUUGCUCUUGUUACAGGGGCCGGUGGAGGUCUUGGAAAGGAGUAUGCCCUCCUUCUUGCAGCAAGGGGAGCCUCGGUUGUGGUGAACGACCUUGGAGGAGACAGAGCAGGUCAAGGCAAGAGCUCGAUGGCUGCCGAUCAGGUCGUGAAUGAAAUCAGAUCAAAAGGAGGAAAUGCUGUAGCCAACUAUGAUUCUGUUGAAGAUGGAGAUAAGCUUGUGCAAACUGCCCUCGAUAACUUUGGAAGGAUUGAUAUCGUUAUCAACAAUGCAGGCAUUCUCAGGGACCGGUCUUUUGCCAGGAUCAGUGAUAUGGACUGGGAUCUGGUCCACAGGGUCCAUCUGCGAGGUUCAUUCAUGGUUACCCGAGCAGCGUGGCCGCACAUGAAGAAACAGAAGUUUGGCCGCAUCAUCAUGACAUCAUCGGCAGCUGGUCUCUAUGGAAACUUUGGGCAGACAAACUACAGCGCAGCCAAGCUUGGGUUGGUUGGAAUGAGUAACACACUAUCAAGAGAGGGCAUCAAAUAUAACAUCCUCUGCAACACUAUAGCCCCCAUGGCGGCUUCUAGACUCACUGAAGACAUCAUGCCACCAGAUAUAUUUGAGAAGUUGAAGCCUGACUACGUUGCUCCUAUGGUAGCCUAUCUUAGUCAUGAAGAAUGCCAGUCUACAGGAGGUAUCUACGAAUGUGGAGCAGGAUGGGCGGCCAAACUGCGAUGGCAGAGAACAGCUGGAGUAAAUUGCCUGAAGCCAGACCAACCGUAUACGGCUGAACAGAUUCGUGACAACUGGGAUAAGAUCUGUGAUUUUGAAGGGAAAGUCAGUUAUCCAGCCAGCACACAAGAUUCCAUGAUGUUCAUGUUGGAAAGUAUAAAUGAAGGCUCAUCUGAAGCUGAUUCUUCUCCUAGUUCUAAGGGUGAUACCGGUGGGGACGGUGAUGAUGGAGGAUUUAAUCCGUCCAAGGCCAUCGGGGUUGAGAUGGGAGCCAAGGAUUUUCAAUACACUUCUAGAGAAGCGAUUCUUUAUGCUCUUGGAGUUGGUGUAUCGACCACCCAGCCAGACCAUCUCAAGUUCCUAUUUGAGCUGAAUGAAGAUUUCUGUGUCCUGCCUACGUUUGGAGUAAUCCCAUCAUUCGCUGCACUACAAAACCUUACCUCUGUCCCAGGAUUAGAAUCAAUUGAUGUUACAAGGAUCCUCCACGGUGAACAAUAUCUGGAACUCAAGAAGCCUCUGGACACAUCAGCGAAGCUCACCAACAAACCGAUGGUUGUGGACAUCGUGGACAAGAAAUCUGGAGCCGUUAUCAUCAUUAAUGCGAACUCCUACGAUGAAAACAAUGAACUGGUCAUUGUCAAUCAGAAUGUGGUAUUCCUCGUUGGAGCAGGAGGUUUCGGAGGCAAGCGAUCAUCUCCCCACCUCAAGGAAACAGCGAAAGCACCAUCCCGCGCACCUGAUGCCUCUCUGCAGGAGAAGACGUCUCUAGAUCAGGCUGCGCUCUACAGGCUCAGUGGAGACUACAAUCCUCUUCACAUUGAUCCGUCCUUUGCUGCCAUGGGAGGAUUUGCCCAGCCAAUUCUUCAUGGACUCUGUUCCUUUGGCUUUGCCUCUAGACAUGUUUUGAAGCAGUACGCCAACAACGAUGUCUCCAAGUUCAAAGCUAUCAAGGUGCGUUUCUCCAAGCCUGUUCUCCCUGGUCAGACCAUACAGACUGACAUGUGGCAGGAAGGUACCAGAAUCCAUUUCCAGAGUAAGGUUGUUGAGACUGGAGCUGUGUGUAUAUCUGGAGCUUACGUUGAUCUGCAUGGAGUAGCAGAGCAGAAGAACGCUGCUCCAAGUCAGCCAUCAUCAUCUGGUCUCAAGUCUGAGGCGAUCUUCUCUGCUGCCAGUGGGAUGGUCAGCGGCGCUCCUGUUCUUGUUAAGAAGGUCAAUGGUGUCAUCCAGUACAACAUCACAUCUGAUGGAAAGGUGGCAGGAGUAUGGACUAUUGAUCUGAAGGGUCAGGGUGCAGUCUAUGUAGGAGAGCCCAAGUCUGGCAAGGCCGAUGUUACCGUCACCAUAUCGGAUGAGGACUUUGUUGCGUUGGCUUCUGGAUCUCUGAAGCCACAGACGGCGUUCUUGUCGGGCAAGAUCAAGGUCAAAGGUCAGAUCAUGCUUCUCCAGAAGGUGCUUCCGAUGUUUGAGAGCUUCAUGAAGGGCAAGCUCUAAAGCCUCCUCCACAUAUGGCAUGGUUAUUCGCUGGGGGUAAAAUAUGCUUAACCCUUUUAGGACUGGAAUUAUUUCUCAGCUAAAUUGAUCACAUAUUGCCCUUCAAAUUGGCAACAAUUAUAUUUUUCUUUUAUUGCUACAUUGUUUUAAUAAGAUGCAAUGUCUCUAAAGGAAUGAUGUUGAAAAGUUGAAAAUUGCCAAUUUGGUCAAAAUACAAUGAUUUGGAAUUUCACAAUGUGUUGCCAAACUAAGGAUUUUAAAGAUUAUUUUCCUUUUAUAAUUCCUGAAAUCAAAUGCAAGAUAGUCAUAACAUUAAAAAAUGGGUUGCAGUAUGUUCGAAAUUCUUGCCCUUUCUACUCGUGCAUCUGGCAUAUUUUUAGGGCUAUGAAUCAGAAGUUAUUGAGCCAAACUGUGGAAUGAUUUUUGCGAAAGGGUUAGUGACCUUUACAUUUCUAAAUUUGAUAUCAAUCGGAUAAUUGAGUAUGCAUAGGAGGAGCUUUGUUGCUCGCAGCUACUUCUUACUCAUCCCACUUGCCGUUCACUUAUGCAACAAA